CGAAGCGAUUCUGCCGGAAUCUCCGAAGGGAUUCUGCCGGAAUCUCCGAAGGGAUUCUGCCGGAAUCUCCGAAGGGAUUCUGCCGGAAUCUCCGAAGGAAUUCUGCCGGAAUCUCCGAAAGGGUUCUAGGAAGGGGAAUCCUCUAAAAUUUUUAAAUUUGAUUAGAUGGCAACUGAAAUUUAAGUGACUAUUCACAACUUUUGAUUAGUGUAAAAAAUUGUAAGUCAAAAAUGAAACAUUGCUUUGUCCAACUAGAUUUCAACGAGAAACUAUAAUAAGACCAUUACAUCGUUAACUAAAACCAAUCCACUUUUACAACAGCGAGUAAUCGAUUUCUCUGCCAAGUUCUGCCAAAUCAUCCACCAUAUUCACCUCAACCCAUCCAUCAACGAGACCGAAAUCAUAAAUCAUCCUGGAUGGAGCUCCGUCUCCAUCACCAGAAGCAAGAACCUUCUCGGCACGCUCGCUCAGCUGGUCGUCGUCACCAUCAUUACCGAACGGACCAAAACAAAAACACCCGCCUCGACGACGGAAGCAACAGGGUUCGUCUCGCCGCAUUGUCUUCAGCUGGACGACCAACCGGCCUCUCAGUUUCUCCAGCUAGAGAGAGCGACGGCAGAAUCUUCGUGGAGCGCUUGCGCACCACUUUUCCACUGAGUUCCCGAUUGUUUACCACCCCCACAACAGACCGGGGGCGAUCUAGGGUGCUCCUUCGAGCCGACUUUCCAGCGGAGCACGGCCAGAGUCGACGGAAUCCGCGCGCGGAAUCGUGUCAACAGUUGGUCGCAGACUUUCACCACGAACUGUUGGUCGUCGAACAUACGAUGAUGAGGACGAAGACGUCGGACGAUCAUUUGUGCUGGCAACCCUGCUGCGGUUGAACUGUGCUAGUAGAUAGUGAUGCUUUGGAAGGAAGGGAGCUGUUGGUGAGGUUUAAUCGGUGAUCGAAGCUGGCUACGCGGGUCACGGAGUCCGAACUUGGCCUACUUUUUUCCGGCGAAUGGCGCAUGGAUAGUGGAUGAUAGUGGAAAAAGUCGUUUGAUCUAGUUGGCCGAUUACGAGUUGGGAUCAAAAUAACCCAAAUUAGAUCGGAUUCCGCUCGGAGUGUUCGAGAAUCAAGCAAACCAAGGGGUUCUUUGAAAAGUGAUUUAAAUUUUUAGCUCCUCGUGACGUCAAGUAAUCCUUUCCAGUGGUGAAGUUUCGAUUUUCGCGGUACGGGUUCGUGUUUUGUGUGCCCUGAGAAUCGCGGAGAAGGGCAAAGGUCGUCGUAUAGUUCGAAUAAAAGCAAUAUUUCUACACUUUUCUCGUCUCAUUCAGUGUCUAGAUAGAUAAGAAAAAAAAUUGCAAAGAAAUCCGAUUACUCGCCAGAGAGUAUAGUGUAGUGCACCCGCGGUAGAAUCACAUCAAAGCAAACGUGAAAGUUCAUCAACUAUUCGCCGAUUCGAUGCGAGUAAGUCUGUUCAGUGUUCAGUGCAGUGCAGGAAAACCCAGCUCAAGCGUAAAAUUGUAAGCCAAUUGUGUGAUGAUGAUUUACAACAAAAAGUGAAAAGAGAAAGGAAAAACGGAAGAAAAAUUGAUUUCGUGUCCGGAUGAACAAAGGAAUCCCAGCCAGCCAGCAGUACGACUGCGAGUAGAGUUAAUCGAAGUAGUCUGGUUGAGUCGGCGAAUCAUCAAAUCGAAAGUAAUUAUUCACGAUUGAGUGAGCUGCUUGGAUGGUGAAGUUUCGCUGAAUCGAACCGGGAACGUCCCGGAAGUGAUGAUGAGCAGCUGCACCGGGAUGAUGAUGGUGGUGAUAGUGAGCAAUUACGACACCCGAGUUGAAAUGUAAAAUUCCAGUUAGAUGGUGGAAAAGAGAAAAGUUUGUGAUACGAGUGAGUAGGCGCUGUUGCGGAUCGUGGAUCUGAGUUUUCCAAGUGAAACAACCUGGGCAGGUAUGGAGCGCCGGAAGAAGAACUUUGGCGGAACGAUUCAACGGGAGCUGUGAUAAUACUGGUUACUUCACCCACCAAGAGGAGCAGCGCCGUCCUUGGAAUCCGAAGGAAUAGAAGUGUUUGUGUGUGCGUCAGCGUGUGCUCAACGUAGAUGAAAGAAAAAUAGGAAAACAUUUUGCGUUGCGUUCGCCACCGCCAAGAUAAGGAGUUGGAAAAAUGCUGACAUUGAAGGUGGUGCUUCCGCGGAACUACUGGAUAAUCGAGUUGUGCGCGGCGGAGUGGUCUGGGGGCAGUGGACCCGUAACCUUGUACCGGGUGAAGAAAAAGUGCGGAUCGGACGCGGUGUAAGAGAAUGUACAUACCGAAAAGUGGUCAACGUAAUUUGUUGAGUCAACGACGCGGUAAAAGACGAUGGAGAAACAGACCUCGGCUACCGAAGCAACAACGAUCAACGGGAGGCAGCAGUUUUCGCGUAACUAGCCGGCAUCCGGGAUCAAAUGUUGUCGGUUGUGCUCGGUGCAACCACAAUAACAAUGAACAGAGGCGAGCAGGAGAAUCUCUUUCGUCAGUCACGGAACUUAAGGCUGCAACAGGAAGCGAAGCAGCAACAGCAGCAACUAGUGCUGCACCAACAACACCAGCAACAGCAACAACAACAACAUCAGCAAUACAGUAAACCGCGUCACUAUUCCUAUGGUAACAUCCACCAGGUCAGCAACCUUCAUAUGCAAGCGUCAAACUCGCGAUCGUUCGGCGAUGAUCGCGGCAGCGGCGGUCACCAGUUUGGAGGCGUUGCGUGUGACGACCUGGUGCUUAGUGUGCUCAAAUCUCCGGUCAAGGAGACGACGAACCUGCUCGGUAGCAGCAGUAUCGGUGGCCAGACAAUCUCCGCUAGUCCGAGCGCCGGCAGCAAUGGGCUUGGGACCGGAAUCAACACCGGCGGCACCGGGACGGCCACCACCCAGUCGCCGAGUCCUUGCGCCGCCGGCUAUCAGGCCUUACGCGGCUCGGAGGACGACCUUAUCGACGACCUGGAGUCGGCGAUCGAGACUACCGAGCUGAACGCUGCCAACGCGGCGGCGGAACCACCGUCUUCCUCGCCGCGUGCGUUGAAAUUUCUGCGGCGCUUCCGGACCGGGAAAACCGGCCGCUUCGAGCCGCACCAUCGGCGGGUGCCGACUCCGAUGCGGCGGAAGAACCGGAGCCGAUCGCGGUCCCGCUCGAACGCGGACAUCCUGGACGGGGUGACGACCGGGGAUGAUCCGUGCGAUGUGCUCCCGGGGGACGACGAUCCGUGCGACGUGGUCGGCGACGAGACGGGAGCGAUCGCGCAGAAGAUCGGCGUCCCCGAUCCGUACUACCCGAUAGCACUGCCGAUCGAUCAAGCGUUCAAAGCCAAAUAUGUUUUCCAUCAUCGCAGGGGCAAAACCGUGCAGGAGCGGUUCUACGUGUUCCUCGAGCAUCCGGUCGGGUGGCUGUGUUUUAUAUAUCAUUUUUCUGUGUUUAUGCUCGUGCUGGUGUGUCUGAUAUUCAGUGUGCUGUCGACGAUCGAGGAGUACAGUAAGUUCGCGAACGAGACCUUAUUCUGGAUGGAGAUCUGCCUGGUGGUGUUCUUCGGCGUGGAAUACCUGGUGCGGCUGUUGUCGGCCGGCUGCCGGUCCAAGUACAUGGGCUUCUGCGGCCGGUUGCGGUUCAUCCGCAAGCCGAUUUGUAUUAUAGAUUUAAUAGUAGUAGUAGCAUCGAUGGUUGUGCUGUCAGUUGGCUCAAAUGGACAAGUGUUCGCCACCAGUGCCAUCCGAGGCAUUCGGUUUCUGCAGAUCCUCCGGAUGUUGCACGUGGACCGGCAGGGUGGCACCUGGCGCCUACUCGGGUCCGUCGUUUUCAUUCAUCGGCAGGAAUUGAUAACGACGCUGUACAUUGGUUUCCUGGGGCUAAUAUUUAGCUCGUAUUUCGUGUACCUAGCGGAAAAGGACGUAACGGGGCCGGACGGGCGGCAAGACUUUGCCAGCUAUGCCGACGCCCUCUGGUGGGGAGUCAUCACCGUGACGACGAUCGGCUACGGUGACACGGUGCCGCAGACGUGGAUGGGUAAAAUUGUGGCGUCCUGCUUCAGCGUGUUUGCAAUCUCGUUCUUCGCACUUCCGGCGGGCAUCCUCGGAUCCGGUUUUGCGCUCAAAGUCCAACAGAAGCAGCGCCAGAAGCAUUUUAACCGCCAGAUUCCGGCGGCCGCGAUGCUGAUCCAGUGUCUCUGGCGGUGUUACGCCGCCGACAAGAGCUUCCACUCGGACGCCACCUGGCAGAUCUACGUCAAGUCGGACGACCAGAACACCAACAACUCCAACACCAGCACAGCUCUCCCCGCGCAGCUGGGCAAAACCCUAAUGGUACAGGUGGCGAGACGCGGUGCAUCGGUCCUGAAACGGCGCAAGUCCCGAAACCGGAUGGAGGCACCCGGGCUAAAGAACUCGGCGGCGGCUGCUGCGGCGGCGGGUGGAUCAUCAGCGGUAGCUGCGUCUUCCGGAAAUACCGGCUCUGGUACGGUGGGACCACCGUCGGCAACGACGGCGGCGGCGGUGGCCAUGUCCAGUGGGUCCGGAACGGUGGGGACCCCAGGUCCGGGGUCCGGUGUCGGUUCGGCCGCGGCAGCACUGAUAGGAAGCGAGAAUACCCUGAAUACUCCGGUAACGCCGGCGGCCGAUUCGGCACUGUCCAAGAGCGAGUCGGACGGAGACGUUGUCUUCUACAUGGAGGAACCACGGGCGGCGGGAACGCCAUCGCGAACGCGGCGAAACGAUCCGAACCGGGGUGCAUUCGUUAGCCAGAACAGCUCGGUAACGGAAGCGCCCAGCGACGAGGUCGAAGCGGAACCGGAGGCGGACGAUGAACCGGAACCGGCCCGAGUAACGCAAUCCUGGCCGUAUAGCAGCUUCUCCGACUACAAUCUGGCGGAGAAGACCUACAAUACUGAAAACAAUCCAGACACAAUAGAUGACGAAAUUCUUCCCUGUAGCACGACUCCCGACGUGGUACAGAAAACCCACGAAUGUGAUUCCUCAUCCGCGCGCACCCUAACGAGAGCUUUGAGAUCGAACAGACUGACGGAAGCGCACCGGAACGCCAUCCGGGCGAUCCGAAAAAUCAAGUACUUCGUCGCUCGGCGCAAGUUCCAGCAGGCCCGCAAGCCGUACGACGUCCGCGACGUGAUCGAGCAGUACUCCCAGGGCCACCUGAACAUGAUGGUCCGCAUCAAGGAGCUCCAGCGCCGUCUGGACCAAACCCUGGGCAAACCGGGCAGCUACCUGGCCGGAAUCGAUCGGGUCGGGAACAUCAAACCGAUGACGGUCGGCGCUCGGCUGUACCGCGUCGAGCAGCAACUAUCUGUGAUGGAUAAGAAAUUAGAUCAAUUAACCCAUGCCAUUAACUCAAUGACGAUGCAGCAGAAGAUGAUAUUACCCCCGAUCCAAUCGCAAAUGUUCCAACAACAGCAACAGCAGCAGCAGCAGAUGGCCAUUGCCCUGGGUCAGUUGCCACCGUUGCAGCUACCGGCGGCACCCUCGCAAGCCAACUCGCCAACGCCGACCAAAUGCCUCGAAGAUGAUGUAUAAUAUUGGAUCUAAGACCCCUCUCCUUCUUCUCCUUGAUCCUGUCUCAACCGUGUGAAUCUAAAUUAUAUUGUAAGAGAAACUUUCCCAAGUAACUUUUUCAGAGCUGAUUAGAUUUGAGAGGGUUUUAUCAUAGCUGUAAAAAUGCCUAAAAUGAAUAAUGAUAAUCUGACAGCUGUUUGUGGAAAUCUUUUUCA